AUGACGAAGAAGUCAAAAAAGGCCAUUGUGCACAAGACCAGUCAUAUCGCUAAGAACCACAACGCAAACAUUGUUUCAAGUACAGUCGACGAAUCUAUUGGCGUCGGCGGCAAGGCGCCCGCGAAGGUCCAUAGCCAAGCAAACUCCUUGACUUUUCAUGGGGAGUCAACCAAUGCCGAACUUGCGGAAGAGAACAAUUGCUUUUCUGGUUUACAUUCUGAUCCGAAUUUCCAAACUCCUACUUGCGAUCUGUGUACUAGAAAAUCGGGUAUUUGUGGGUACCGUUCGGGAAGUGGCCAUGACUACGACACCUGGUCCGACAAUACCGGUGGACACGGAUACACGGCCGAUAUGAAUAAGCCUGGGGACAAGAUACAAUUGCAGCUAUGGACGUACGAGACUUCUCAAAUAACCUUCGCUGAAAGAUUAGAACAGAGAAAGUGGUGUGGUCCAGGUCAGAAACUCUGA